GUGUCGCCAAUGGAGGCGCUGCGGCUGCUGCCCGGGCGCGCGCGGGAUUUCUCCUCAGCCGGCUACUGGGAGCGCUUCUUUCGGGAACGAGGCGGGCGCGCUUUCGAGUGGUACGGCGAGUGGCAGGACCUACGGGCCUCCCUGGGACGUUACCUGCGGCCGCGGGACUCGAUUCUUGUGGCUGGCUGUGGGAACUCAGAACUGAGUGAGCAGCUCUAUGAUGAAGGGUAUCAAGAUAUCAUCAAUGUGGACAUCAGUGAAGUGGUUAUCAAGCAGAUGCAGGAGCGCAAUGCUCACCUGAGGCCUAAGAUGACUUACAUGGUCAUGGAUGUUUUGCAAAUGGAUUUUCCUGAUGAGCGCUUCCAGGUGGUACUGGACAAAGGCACACUUGAUGCCCUCCUGACUGAUGAGGAAGAAACCACUUUGAGUAGGGCAGAAAGGAUGUUUGCUGAAAUUAGCCGUGUUCUGCAGUUUGGAGGCCGCUACCUCUGUGUAACCUUGGCCCAAGCACAUGUAUCGAAGAUGGCCAUAGAAUAUUUCUCCAGGGAAGGCUGGAUGGUGCGAAUACACCAAGUCUCUGGCGACAAAGCAGGAACUUCAGAGGGAGAAUUUGCCUUGCCCAUCUUUGUCUAUGUAAUGACAAAGAUUAGGCAUGUCCCAGGCUCAGCUUUAUGCAUCCUGGAGCUGUGUGCUGAAGCACAGGACAAGCCUAUCCGGUUCAAAAGCACUGAUCAUCUGAUUGAGGCAGUGAAAGAGAGACAACACUACUCUCUGCUACGGAGCCAGAUCAAUAAGAACCCCAGUUCAGGCACGGUCUCACUGGAUCUUUGCAGCAAGGACACUGGCCGAGCCCGUUACACUUUGCAUGUGGUGCACAACCUGACUGUGAAAGUGCCUUUUGACAAUAAAUUUGCUAUCUUUAUUGUACCACAGGGCAGAGAAACUGAGUGGCUCUUUGGGACGGAUGAGGGACGGAAGCAGUUGGCUACAUGUGCAGGAUUCUGGCGUCUAGUAACUGUGGCUUUGCACAGAGAUCAACACUAUGAAGGUAUGGAAGCCAUCCAGGCAGAACUGUCGGAAAAGGUGAUGGAGCUGGCUCCACCAGGUCUCCCAGCCCAGCAGCAGGUGCCUUUUCUGUCAGUGGGAGGUGACAUUGGGAUCCGCACCAUCCAGCAUCGUGGAACUAGCCCCCUUAGUGGGGAAUAUGUUAUUGAGGAUGUGAAAGGUGAAGGUGCCCACUACUUCCGCCGCCUUAUCUUCCUCAGCAACAGGAAUGUGGUGCAGUCAGAGGCGAGACUUUCAUUCAGAGGUUCCCACAAAGGGAAUAAGAAGCACAAAAGAAAGAAAAAAACAGCCUCCAUUAACUCUGCUGAGCCUACUGCUGUACCAGCCGGUCAGUCCAUCGACAAAACCUAUCUGUGUUGUGCUCACCAUAGAGCCAUGAUUGCAGGAUUGUGCCUGCUGAGAAAUCCCGAGCACCUCCCAGAGGCCCUGAUCCGUGUGCUGGUUAUUGGCCUGGGUGGCGGCAGCCUGCCCCUCUUCAUCCAUGACUACUUCUUGCAGUGCUCUAUUGACGUAGUGGAAAUUGACCCAGCUAUGUUGGAAGUGGCUACACGCUGGUUUGGCUUUUCACCUGAAGACAGGCUCAAAGUUCACAUUGCAGAUGGCUUAGUUUAUGUUGACAGCCUUACAGCAGAAGCUUCAUCCUUUUAUGAUGCCAUCAUGUUUGAUGUGGACAGCAAGGACUCUGCCUUGGGUAUGAGCUGCCCACCCCCAGCCUUUGUGGAGAAGUCCUUCCUUCAGAAAGUGAGGACACUUCUGAAGAAGGAAGGCCUCUUCAUUCUAAAUUUGGUGUGUCGAGACACCCAGCUUCGAGAUGCUGUUCUGGCUACCCUAAGAGAAACUUUCCCUUUGCUCUAUGUCCGGAGGAUUGAGGGAGAGGUAAAUGAAAUCCUAUUCUGCCAGCAGCAGGCUAAAUGCAAGCUACCUCCUGCAGAGCUCCGAGACACAGCUCAGAUUCUGGAGAAGGCCCUGCGACAACCUGGUCAAGCAUGGGACACUACUUAUGUCCUGGCAGAUGCACUGGAAGCAGUAAAACUGGUGUGAAGAAGGAUAAUUCAGUCCCAUAUGGUGCUUUCUGGAGAGAAGCAGCAGCCUACCGAGGUCUGAGAGUAACGCUGCCCAUCUGUUGCACUCCCACACUUGUACUGUGGAACGACUGCCCAUCUAUUCAAAGCAUUGUAGGGAUAAGAUGUUCCUAGACUGCCCUUGAAGGCUGCACAGGUAGCCCUUCUUCAUGGAAACUGAGAUGUU